AUGUCAAAAAGAUCGAAAAGUGAAAAUUUUUCUUCUUCGUUAAAAGAUGUACAGAAUGAGAACAUUGCAAACCUUAUAGUCAUGCCGAAAAGGUCAAAGAUUGAGUCUUCGUCUUUCGGCAAGCAACCUUGCACUACAAACAAUUCAAGUGGUGUGAUAUCAAGGAUUCCAUUUUCAGACAUAACUAAUGUUCGCAAUCCUGAUACGAAUAAGGAAGCGAAAGAGAGGCGAAGACAACGAAAAAUCUAUUUGGAUUCUCGGAAAAAUCAGUCUCUACGUAGACAUUCUAACGCUCUCAGGAAUGUAUCUUCAGUUUUCAUCCCUAAACUUACUCAAGAUGAGAGUAAGGAGAGGCGUAAACUUAGAAAAUUAUACAUCGAUGGUAAACGUUAUGGAACGCAAAAAGGUACAUCACAAUCUAUACAUGUUAUAGCAUCUACCUCUGGUUCUUCAUCCAUUCCGCAUGACAUGGUCAAUGUUACAACAGAGGCGUCCAUUGGAUAUGGAGUUUUUGACCCGAGACUUCUUCAAAAUCACUGCAAAGAGAGACGGAGGUUAAGGAAGUUAUAUUUAGACAGUAAAAGAUCUACAAGUCUACAACGACGAAAAUUACACCCUUCCAAUACUUUAUCAUCUUCUUCUGAAUUAAGAUUGAUAUCUUCCAACACGCACAAUGUUACUCCUACAACGUCGGUUGUACCUACAAGUAAUGUUAGUUGUCUUACAAACAACAUGACUACACCAAUAAACAUUCGUCGUUUUUCUCUAUCGUCAAACAUCACAAAUUCUAGCAACACACCUACUAUUCUACAAAGUUCUUCUUUACAGAGGAUGUCGCCAGGAAAACGUAAGUUAUUAAGUAAAUCACGAGUUACAACUCCUAUACCAAUGAUUGACUUGACGACAGAGGAAACUACAGAUGAUGCAAUUUACAAAGGAGUUUCAACAGAUUAUUUUGAUCAUGGUGACCAAUGUAUUACUUGUGAAGUAUGCAAUGCUAAAUUAUGGGAUGCUGAAAAAGGAAGGGGAAGAAAAGAGAAAGGAAGAAUAUGUUAUUUCUUAUGUUGUGGUUAUGGCAAAGUAGAGCUACCAGAUUAUAAAGAUACUGUUCCAAGUUAUAAGAAACUUUUUACGUAUAAGGAUAAAGAAAGCAAACAUUUUUUGAAUAAUAUUCGACGGUAUAACUCCAUGUUUGCUUUCACGUCAAUGGGUGGUAAGGUUGAUCCCACUGUCAACAGAGGUAACGGACCAUUCUGCUACAGAAUUAGUGGAGAGAACUACCACAGCACUGGAAGCCUGCUUCCGGAAGACGGAGAUCAACCUAAAUUUUGCCAGCUCUACAUUUUCGAUACUGAAAACGAACUUUCCAACAGACAAUCCGUUUUUAGUCGUUCCAAGGAUUCAUCCUCCGCGAGUGUCGCUGAACUUGAUAGUAAACUGAUUGAACAUAUAAAAUGUGUUUUAGAUUCAGAAAACCAGUUGGUAAAAGCUUAUAGGAUGGUUAGAGACUGUUUUCAUGAAAACCCUGAUCUUAAUCUGAAGCUUCGUCUAAUUGGUAUUAGAGAAAAGGAUGGACGAACGUAUAAUUUACCAACUUGUGGUGAAGUUGCUGCUCUAAUUGUGGGGGAUAUUGCAAACACAAUCAACAAUAGAGAUAUAGUUAUUGAAACGCAGACAGGUACUUUGAAAAGAAUUAGUGAAUUGCAUCCUUCAUACCUUGCACUUCAAUAUCCUAUUUUAUUCCCUUAUGGAGAUGAUGGUUACAGAAUUGACAUCCCUCAUCGAGGUGUCGUAGACGUAAUCAAUAAGAAACGUCCAAAUUGUACAAUGAGAGAGUUUUUUGCAUAUCGUGUGCAAGACAGAAUUAAUCAGUUUUCAUUGAUUCUAAAUUCAAGGAGACUCUUUCAACAAUUCUUGGUUGAUGCGUAUACUAUGAUUGAGAGCGAAAGGCUUAACUACAUACGACUUCAACAAAAGAAUCUAAGGUCAGAUAGCUAUGAAAGUCUAUGUGAAUUAAGAAAUAAGGGCCAGCAAGACAUAUCUAAGGUUGGAAAACGAAUCUUUUUGCCCUCUUCGUUUACCGGUGGCGCUAGAUAUAUGAUGCAAAAUUAUUUAGAUGCCAUGGCUAUCUGUAAGUGGUUUGGUUAUCCGGAUUUUUUUAUAACCAUCACGUGCAAUCCAAAGUGGCCUGAGGUAAAAAGGUUUCUUAGAGACACAAAUCUUAAACCUGAAGAUAGGCCCGAUAUACUGAGCAGAUUGUUUAAAAUAAAGUUGGAUUCAAUUUGCAAAGAUUUUAAAGAACGCCAUCUAUUUGGAAAAGUUGCAGCAGAUGAAGAUGCAGAAUUAUAUGCGCUUGUGAAAGACUAUAUGAUUCAUGGUCCAUGUGGUAACGCUAAUUUAAGUUGUCCAUGUAUGGUUGACAAUAAGUGUUCGAAGGGUUUUCCAAAGAAUUUUCAAGAUCAUACUACACUGGAUUCAAAUGGAUUCCCAAUAUACAAAAGAAGAGAUAAUGGUGCUUAUGUAGUAAAAAAUGGAAUCGACUUAGACAACAGAAGUGUUGUGCCAUACAACAAAAAACUUUUGAAACGCUACCAGGCACAUAUAAAUGUUGAGUGGUGCAAUCAAGCCGGAUCAAUUAAAUAUUUGUUUAAAUAUAUAAAUAAAGGCCCUGAUAGAGCAACCGUUGCUGUUGUCCAACAUGAUAAUAACAAUGAACAACUAGAACAAGACGAGGUCAAAGAAUAUUAUGAUUGUAGGUAUCUAUCGGCUUGUGAGGCAUCUUGGAGGAUCUUCGCCUAUGAUGUGCAUUACAGGACUCCUUCUGUUAUGAGGCUGCCUUUCCAUCUUCCCGGAAAACAACCUGUUGUUUUUGGACCCGACGAGGAUAUUAAUCAAGUCCUUAACAAACCAUCUGUCAAAGCUUCAAUGUUUCUUUCCUGGAUGGAACGUAACAAAGACCCGAAUGACACAUUGGCCCGUACACUUACAUAUGUUCAGUUUCCAAGUUGGUAUGUAUGGAAGCUUGAUAAACGUUGUUGGGAACCUAGACAAAGACAUAAGUCAAUUGGGAGAAUUCACGCUGUAAGUCCGUCUCUUGGGGAAACAUAUUAUUUAAGAAUUCUUCUUAACAAAGUGAAAGGACCAAAAUCUUUUGAUGAUAUUAAAACAGUUGAUGGUAAGGUAUAUGAUACAUUUAGAGAUGCAUGUUAUGCACUCGGUCUUUUGGACGAUGACGCAGAAUACAUUGAGGCAAUCAAGGAAGCAAAUGAAACAGGAUCCCCUUCGUAUCUUCGUAAUUUAUUUGCUACUUUGCUAUUAACAAAUACGUUGUCCAGACCUGAGGUUGUAUGGGAAAGCACAUGGAGAUACAUGACAGACGACUUUAUCUAUAGACUUAGAAAAUAUCAUCUACUUACAGCUUUAUCAAUUCCAGAUCACCAGCUUAAAAACUACGUUUUGAGUGAAGUUGAAAAAUUCUUAGCCAGAAACAACUCAUCACUCAAAAGAUUUGAGACAAUGCCGUACCCAGAUAAUGCGUCUAUGUCUGAUUCAGACAAUCGUUUGAUUAACGAGGAGCGUAUCUACGACCAAACGAAUCUUCAAGUUGAAUUUAAUAAUCAACUUAAUUUGCUAACUGAGGAGCAACGGUCAGUUUUCCAACAAAUAAUCAACGCAAUUGAGGGUAACAAAGGUGGGGUUUUUUUUGUGUACGGCUAUGGUGGGACCGGCAAGACCUUCUUAUGGAAGACAUUAUCUGCGGCAAUCAGAUCAAAAGGUCAAAUUGUAUUAAACGUUGCUUCAAGUGGCAUCGCGUCGUUGUUAUUGUCUGGUGGCAGGACCGCGCAUUCCAGGUUUCGUAUUCCAUUGAAUCUUACAGAGGAUUCAGUUUGUCAUAUAAAACCUGAUGGAGAUGUUGCUAGACUACUACACGAAACAAACUUGAUUAUAUGGGAUGAAGCGCCUAUGGUCCAUAAGCAUGCAUUCGAAGCGUUGGAUAGAACAAUGAACGACAUUUUCAAUAUCGACACUUCCAACAGAUCAAACAUCCGCUUUGGAGGAAAGGUUAUUGUUUUAGGAGGCGAUUUUAGACAGAUCCUUCCUGUUGUUCCAAAUGGUGGAAGACAAGAGAUUGUCAAUGCCUCAAUAAGUUCGUCUUAUCUGUGGAAUACAUGUAAGUUGCUGAGACUAACAAAAAACAUGAGGUUAACAGUUGGAAGUUCAGCAUCGGACGCUGAAGAAAUAAAACAAUUUGCCAAAUGGCUUUUGGAUAUAGGUGAGGGAAAUGUUGGUGGUCCAAAUGAUGGAGAAGCGUCAAUUGAAAUACCAAGCGACCUUCUAAUCACUGAUACAUCGGAUCCCAUUUCAACUUUAAUUGAUUUUGUGUAUCCUUCAAUUCUCGAAAACUUCAACAAUCAGAAUUAUUUUAGUGAGAGGGCUAUACUUGCACCUAAGAACGAGGUUGUGCAUGAAAUUAAUGAUCGGUUGUUGUCACUAUUCCCAGGCAAAGAACGAGAGUAUCUUAGUUCAGACAGUCUUUGUCAGUCUGAAAAUCCAAACGCUACACAACAAAAACUAUACUCUCCUGAUGUGCUUAACGGUCUUAAAGUAUCCGGCUUACCUAAUCAUAGGCUAGCACUAAAAGUAGGCGUGCCGGUGAUGCUAUUACGUAACAUUGACCAACAAAAUGGUCUUUGCAAUGGUACACGACUACAAGUCAAAAAAAUGUAUAACCGUGUAAUAGAAGCCGAGAUAAUAUCCGGAGGGAACAUAGGCACUCGCACUUAUAUACCAAGGAUUAGUUUGAUACCUUCUGAUAAAAAAAUUCCUUUUGAGUUUCAAAGGAGACAAUUUCCGUUGGCUGUUUGUUUCGCAAUGACUAUUAACAAGAGUUGGUCUGUAUCUGAAGCAACCAGUUUUCACCCAUGGUCAGCUGUAUGUUGCUUUAUCAAGAGUUAA